CUCAUUUUCAGGGAAAGCUCAGGGAAAAGGAAGAACAGUCUAAGACGAUCCCUGACUCUGAGAACAUUUCCAUUACUUGAAAAAAAUCUCAACUGGGGGAAAGGAAGAAGAGGAGAAGAAAACCCAGUAUCAUUUUGCAUUAAACGUUCCGAAAUCAAUUUGGCACAUUCAGAGAAACUAAUAUGUGUGGAGGUUUCAUUCACUGAGGUGGUGAGUUGACUUCAUAGGACGCUAACUGCUGAAGGUGGAUUGGAGUUUGCUUUAAAUAGUCAACUUAGUGAUUUUGAAGUAGUUUGAUAUGGGUAUUGUGAGCUUUGCUGCAUGUUUUAAAACCCAUGGAAAAUUACUUGAUGGCUUAUGUUUGCUAAGCUGAGUGAUCAUCUCAAGCUUCACCAGAAGUUUGGUGCUGGAGCUAGAAAGACUUUAUAUUGUUUGAGGAAUUGAUUUUCAGUGCUGUGAUGGGCUGUUGUUGUUCCAACUUAACAGCCUGUUGUUGUGCCAACUUAACAGCCUGUUGUUGUUCCAACUUAAUAGCCUGUUGUUGGGGCUCAGGUCAAAACAAAUCAAUUUCCCAGGCCCAUGACGCUGAAAACGUGGAGAAGAGCGAGGUUGAUGACCUGCCUCUGUUCUGUGAAUACUCUAUAGAGACUCUCAAGAUGGCUACAUCUGGAUUUGCUGUAGAGAACAUUGUUUCUGAACAUGGAGAAAAGGCUCCAAAUGUGGUUUACAAGGGGAAGUUGGAAAAUCAAAGGCUGAUUGCUGUUAAGCGUUUUAAUAGAUCUGCAUGGCCUGAUGCCCAACAGUUCUUGGAAGAAGCAAAAGCUGUUGGUCAGCUUCGGAACAACAGAUUGACAAACUUACUUGGUUGUUGCUGUGAAGGUGAUGAGAGGUUGCUUGUUGCAGAAUUUAUGCCCAAUGACACAUUGGCCAAGCACCUUUUUCACUGGGAAACACAGCCAAUGCAAUGGGCAAUGCGACUAAGGGUAGCUUUGCAUAUUGCACAAGCUCUAGAAUACUGUACCAGCAAAGGACGUGCACUCUAUCAUGAUCUUAAUGCUUAUAGAAUUGUUUUUGAUGAUGAGGGCAAUCCCAAAUUGUCAUGCUUUGGUCUUAUGAAGAACAGUAGAGACGGAAAAAGUUACAGUACAAACCUGGCGUUUACUCCUCCUGAGUAUCUGAGAACAGGAAGAGUAACGCCAGAAAGUGUAAUAUAUAGUUUUGGGACCCUUUUGCUUGAUCUUCUCAGUGGAAAACAUAUUCCUCCAAGCCAUGCAGUUGACCUUAUACGUGACAGGAAUAUUCAGAUGCUAACAGAUUCUUGUUUGGAAGGCCAAUUUUCAAAUGAUGAUGGGACUGAGUUAGUGCGUUUAGCAUCACGUUGUUUGGAAUAUGAACCUCGAGAGCGGCCAAAUCCAAAGUCAUUAGUAGCUGCACUAAUUCCUCUUCAGAGGGAAACUGAGGUUCCUUCUCCCAUAUUAAUGGGUUUGCAGAAUGCUUCUGAAGCCUUACCUUUAUCCCCAUUUGGUGAGGCCUGCUUAAGAAUGGAUUUGACUGCCAUACAUGAGAUCCUAGAAAAGACUGGGUAUGAGGAUGAUGAAGGUGCAGCUGAGCUUUCUUUCCAGAUGUGGACUGACCAGUUGCAAGAAACUAUAAAUUCAAAGAAAAAGGGGGAUGCAGCUUUUAGGCAUAAUGAUUUCAAAGCUGCCAUUGAAUGUUACACCCAGUUCAUUGAUGUUGGAACCAUGGUUUCUCCAACUGUAUAUGCUCGCCGUAGCCUGUCUUAUCUAAUGAGUGACUUGCCACAGGAAGCCCUAAGUGAUGCUUUGCAAGCUCAGGUGAUAUCUCCUGUUUGGCAUAUUGCAUCCUACUUACAAGCUGCUGCUCUUUUGGCACUAGGAAAGAAGAAUGAGGCACAAACACCUCUUAAGGAGGGAUCUGUACUUGAAAGUCAAAGGAAUAAUGUUACUUGACCACAAGGAAAUCAAGGCCAGAAUAAGAUUUCCCCUUCAUCUCUCUCACAUCAAAUAGAAGAUGAUUAUCAAUUGGCAAAAACAAGCCUUUCAUACUUUCCAGGCACAAAGAUCAGAGCUUUGUAAGCCACUAAAGAAGCCCACGAAGUGGAAUGGGUGCACAAAAUUCGAAACUUGUGUGUGUUCAUGGUGACGGUUCUUUCAACAUUAUUGGAUGUGGGUUAGUUUUGGUCAGUUUGUUUGACAAGGGUAUUGGGUAUUGGGUAUUGGGUAUUGGGACGGUUCCAUUCAUUCAAGAAAGCAUCUGUCCUUUGUUUCUUGAUACAGCCAUUAGGGUAUUUCUGUUGUUUAAAGUUACAUUUAAAGGGUGAAUACAAGAUGUUAUCAUGC